AUGAGUACCGUCAUAUCUCCCAGGUCCAUUGUCAGGGCCCCAAGCAUCUCCUGCUUUCUCCCAGUUGACAAUCGUUUGCUAAUUGCAACAAUUGGAGGCGAGAUUAUCAUCUACUCCACCACCGAUGAUGAUUCCAAUAGCACCUUUGUCAACGACCCUUUAGAUAGUCCUGUCACUUUAACAUCGCUCAACAAUUCCCACCCAACCUCUCCAAUUCUAAGCGCCGUAUCACCCAGCAAUAACCCUGGUGACCCGAGCCUACAAAACUGGCUAGAUUCAACUGGUCACCAAUUGACCGCGGUGACAAAGUUUCAGAUAUCUUCUAAACCAAUAACGGAAAUGAAAUACCUAAAGGAUCUCAAUUACUUAAUUCUCAAGUAUGACAAUUGCCUACAUCUCUACAAUUUCUCGACUUUCAAGCUAGUGAAGACCCUCGUGAACUCAAAAGGUUUGACUUCAUAUGCUGUGUUCUCACAAAUGUACGAAUCAGAACUUGGAGAAAUUUAUAACCAUCAACGAACAAAAGAAUCAAAUAAUAAUCCACCAAAAGAUAAAGACAUCCAAUCAAAGCUCCAUAAAUUGGACUCGUACUCUUUGUAUCAAAACUUUUAUGAUCACGAUCCUUUUGAAGAAUCUUCAAUGUCAACUGCAUCAUUCACCACCACUGCUUACGCCCCCGAUGAUAUGAUUCACUCAUACCUAGCGUAUUCAGUUAAACGCAGACUCUAUAUCAUUAGUUGGGAUAUUAACGACUCGAACUCUUUUAAAGAAGUCUCAAUUGCGUUACCAGACAAAGUCCGGAACUUUGAGUUUCUAAAUAGUACAAAAAUCCUUGUGGGGCUAACUUCAGACUUUGAUAUUGUUGAUAUUCCAACUGGUACAUUAAUCCAUUUGCCACUACCGGCAAUAUCCAUCAAUGCCUCUUAUUCUUCGUCGUUUCUUUCAUCGUUUAGUGGUGGUCCAAGACAUAAUCUUUCAUUAGUUAAACUAAUUCAUAAUCUGACCCUUCUUGUGGCACACGACAGAACUUCAAUUAAACUUCAUAACGCCACAUUGGAGCCUCUCAAUAAAUCAUAUCUCACAUUCACUUCAACUCCGAUCUCCAUACACUAUCUUUUCCCCUAUAUUGUGCUUGUGACCACCACCGCGAUCGAAAUCCGCGAUCCGAAAAAUGGCUAUUUACUACAAUCCAUUUCCAUUGGACAUUCGCAGUCUCCAAUUUCGAUCAUCGUUGAUCCAAUUCAAAAUUUCUUGUAUUUACAAUCAGGCUCUACGUUGAUGCAAUGUCAACCGAAAUCAUUUAUUUCACAACUUAAUUCAUUAGAAGCCAGUCAUCGAUUAGAUGAAGCGGCAAAUUUGGCAUUUCAACUACCAGAGACUUUUUUACCUGAUAAGACCAGUCGACUUCGUCAAUUACAAAUUAAAAAGGCAGCGAGACUUUUCAGCCUGACGGUGGCGAUGAGACUGCCACUGGAUAAAAAAUUAUCUGAAGCCAUGGAAUUAUUUUCUAGCUUUUUAGCCCCUCCAGAAUUGGUGUUAUCACUUUUCCCGAGAUUUGUUACUGGCCAUACCGAGUAUUCAAGACGGACGGAAUUUGAUGGGUUUGUGGAUACUUCUUUGUCGAACAUUACGUUUGAUGACUUGAUGCUUGCUGAUGAUAACAACAUAUUAGGACGCGAAGUAUCUAAUUCUGACAUCGUUACUGUUCAAGGUUCAAGGCCGUCUACCCCAACUCCAUUUGCCCCAUCUACACCAAAGCAAGGCAUGACGAGAUCUUCAUCGGUGAUGAAUAUCACUGGUGAUUCUAAGAGUAUUUAUAGCGUAGGUACCGCCACCACUAGUACUCCAAACCGAAUGCAUCAUCAUCAUCAUCAUCGCCAUCAUUUUAAUAAAGAGCAAGUGCGAAUCAAACAAAAUAGAAAGAAAUUGAUGAAAGCGAUUCAUGCAUUGGUGGGGUAUCUUGCUGAUACUAGAAGAAAAAUUGGCAAAAUGUUACAGUACGCUGGAGAAUUGAAUAACGAUUCUGGUAGUAGCAAACCAUUAUUAUAUUGGAAGACUCAGCCAUUGCCGCUAGAUAUUUUUGGAGCUGAUUUAAAUAAGGUGGCGACAUUGGUUGACGAUACAUUAUUUUGUUGUUAUUUGAUGAUAUCGCCGCUUUUGAUUGGACCGUUGUUUAGGGUCAACAAUUGGUGUAGUGUGGAAAUUGUUGAAGAACGUUUAAUGUGCCAUCGGAAGAGUAUAAUCGAAGACAAUAAUCUGUUUGACGGUUCUUUUGAUGACAGUGGUUUGAUUGCCGGACGGGAAGAUGAGUCGAUUAUUCGCGGCAAAUUUUAUACUGAAUUGAUCGAUUUCUAUCAUGGGAAGAAGUUACAUGGCAAAGCUUUGGAAUUAUUGAAGAGGUUAGGGAAUGAUGAAGAAAUUACUAUAGAAUCUCUUAAUCCUGAUGAUGAGACUGAUGAUGAGACUGAUGAUGAGAUGAGAUCACGAUCAUCAGACACUUCAACCCCAGAAUCGAUCCCAUCGCUUCUUCUCACGCCUGCCACGGUUCAUUUAUCCAAUUCUGUUGAGGCACUUGAAGCCCUCAGAAGUCCCUUGUCGACGAUUCAUUAUUUAUUGAAACUCAACCAAGAUUAUUUGCGAUUAAUUUUCCAAUAUAUUAUGUGGCCGAUGCUGGUGAUGCCAGAUAAGGCGAUGCUUGUAUUUCUUGCGGAUUCCGAGGAGAAUGAGCUGUUGAAUCGUGAAUCGGUGGUGGAUUUUUUGAUGACGGGACUCGAUUUUGACGAUGAGUCCAUGAGGCUAAAAUAUGUUAUUGACUACCUUGAGCAUGUUAUUGGCGAUUUCAAUGACAGCAAUCCUAAAUUGCAUACCAAGUAUGUUGAAUUAUUGUUGGAGUUGUCGCUGGAAGAAAACCGUGAUUUGUCGACGUCAGCUUAUUAUGAUAAACUUGUGGCGUUUGUGAGUACCACCAAUAAUUACGAACCCCGGACGUGUCUAAGGCUUCUUCAAACAAGGGUUUCCCAAGGUAUUGAUGCGGAUGUGAGCCGGUUUAUUUAUUUGCAAACUUUUAUUUACCGUCGGUUGGGAGAUCAUUUACAAGUGUUACAAUUACUUGUUUGGUCGUUGCAUGACCAUGCGAGGGCUAGUGAAUAUUGUAGUGAGUUGUUUAAACAGGAUGGUGAGCGGGUGGGCAAGCAUUGGUUGUAUGAAUUAUUAAAAAUGUAUUUAAAGAGUGAUGGUAAAGCAGCCUUGGAUACUGAAACUGAUGAUGAUAUGGUAUAUGGAGUGUUGCGUAGUAAUCUUCAACAUGCGCUUGAACUUUUAGAAACCCAUCGGUACGCCACUCGUCUUCAACUUUCACAAAUCCUUGGGCUUUUCCCCGGGGAAGUUCCAAUAUCAAUGAUCGCGUCGAUGUUUGCUAAGCAUACCACGAUGCAAUCACUGACCCUUGCGAAAUCUCGGACCAUGCAAGCGUUGGCCAAAGUGGAAUUGAUCAAGCAUCAACAUAAUUUACUUAGCAUGCGGUCGAAGCUGGUGGUGGUUGAUUCUACUACGCGGUGUGGGUGGUGUGGUAAAGGAUUGGGAGGUAGUGUGAUUGGUAUUGUUCCGAAUUUCCAUAAAUCCGUCAGUUCAGGAAUGGUGAUACAUUAUGGAUGUAUUGUUGAUUUUGAAACGCAUUGCAAGAAGCAAGUUACAGGAGGAGGAGGAGGAGGAGUUACGGGGAUGAAGGUUAUAAAGUUUGGAGAUCGUUAA